AUGGCUGAGAUCAUGAUGAAGAAGGGGCUCCCCCUGGCUGGCCGGACCCUGGGGGAGUUCCCAAUAUCCCCUCUUCGCUUUGUGUCAGCAUCGGGGGGACGCCAGAGGAAACUGGACCGCUUCAGGAGAGGAGACAAGACUUGCAGCUCUGACUGGACCAUUACGCCUGGUGUUAUCCCAAAAUCCUUUGCCAGUCCCAGACCUGCUCGCCCAGGGUGCUGGUCUCCUGUGCUGGGGCAAGGGGCUGGCUCUCUGCUCUGGACACCACAGCUGGACCAUGUCCUGUCCCUCUUCCUGGUCCGUUCCAUGGGCCCCUGGCGUUUGUACCAUCAGAACUCUCCUGCAGUGGGCAGGCUGACAGCUGAAGACGUGCAAAAGGCCAGAGACACCAAGGUGCCACCCAUCCGGCCCUACAGACAUAUGCUCAGUGACAAAUCCUGUGAGCGGAAGGUCCCCGCGACUCGGCUCGGCAGGCUGGCCAACUUUGGGGGCUUAGCCGUGAGCGUCGGGAUCGGGGUCCUGGUGGAAGCUGCCAAGAAAUCCUUCCGGGCAGAAACAGUUGUGAAAGGUGAGCCGUCACCCUCGAGCUCAGGUGCCCUCCUGUCUGAAGCCAAUGCAGAGCGGAUCGUCAGGACUCUGUGCAAGGUGCGGGGCGCGGCCCUGAAACUCGGCCAGAUGCUGAGCAUCCAAGAUGACGCUCUUAUUAACCCUGCGCUCCAGAAGAUCUUUGAGAGGGUCAGGCACAGCGCCGACUUCAUGCCCACUAAGCAAAUGAUGGGGGUGCUGCACAGCGAGCUGGGCCCAGACUGGCGCAGGCGGCUGGCCUGGUUCGAGGAGCGCCCCUUCGCUGCUGCGUCCAUUGGGCAGGUGCAUCUGGCGCAGCUGCUGGAUGGGCGCAAUGUGGCCAUGAAAAUCCAGUACCCAGGCAUUGCCCAGAGCAUCAACAGUGAUGUCCGGAACCUCAUCUCCCUACUGAGUCUGAGCAACGCGCUGCCUGAAGGGCUUUUCCCUGAACAUGCCAUCGAGGUAAUGAGCCGUGAGCUGGCCUUGGAGUGCGACUACAAGCGGGAGGCUGCCUGUGCCACGAGAUUUCAGCAGCUGUUGCAGGGCGACCCGGUGUUCUAUGUGCCGUCGGUGAUCAGUGAGCUGAGCACCCAGCGGGUACUGACCAUGGAGUUGGUGCCCGGCUUCCCCCUCGACCAGGCCCAGGGGCUGGACCAGGAGACACGCAACAUGAUCUGCUCCAGUAUCCUGGAUCUGUGCGUGCGGGAGCUCUUCCACUUCCGCUACAUGCAGACUGACCCCAACUGGUCCAACUUCUUCUAUGAUCCACACAGCUGCAAGGUGGCGCUGCUGGAUUUCGGAGCCACCCGCAGCUUUGACAAGGCCUUUACGGAUCAGUACAUUGAGAUCAUUAAGGCUGCGGCUGAGGGCGACCGGGCUGGGGUGCUGCAGGGAUCCAUUGCGCUUCGGUUCCUCACGGGCUAUGAGACUCAGGCAAUGAAGGAUGCCCACGUAGACGCCGUGAUGAUCCUGGGCGAGGCCUUUGCUGCCGACGGCCCCUUCGACUUUGGGGCCCAGAACACGACACACCGGAUCCACACCCUCCUGCCCAUCAUGCUGCAACACCGCCUGACACCGCCCCCUGAGGAGACCUACUCCCUCCACCGCAAGAUGGCCGGCUCCUUCCUCAUCUGUGCCCGGCUUGGUGCCCGCAUCCCCUGCCGGCCCAUCUUCCGCCAGGCCUAUGCCCGCUACUGGGGCCGGGAGGGCUGA